AUUAACAAUUGCAGGAUGUACAGAUGUUUGAGGAAGUUGAAAAAUGUGGGUCUUCGUCAAAUUGCUCAGAGAAGAUGCUUGUACACUGCUGGAGAAAAGUUACACGGGUACACUGUGACAUCUGUAGAUGAAGUAGCAGACUUUAACCUCACCUCUGUUGAAUUAAUUCAUGACAAGACGGGGGCAAGACAUUGUCAUGUCAUUAAGGAUGAUUCCAACAAUUGCUUCAGUGUAGGGUUUGCCACCACGCCACGUGAUGAUACAGGAGUUGCACACAUUCUGGAACACACAGCUCUAUGUGGCUCUCACAAGUAUCCUGUAAGAGAUCCCUUCUUUAAAAUGUUAACUCGUUCUUUUUCUACCUUCAUGAACGCAUUUACUGGACCAGACUUUACGAUGUAUCCCUUCUCCACACAGAAUGAGCAGGAUUUUUAUAAUCUACUGUCCGUUUACUGUGAUGCAGCUCUUUUUCCGAACCUUAACAAGUUGGAUUUCUUGCAAGAGGGCUGGAGACUAGAGCAUUCUGAUGCACAGGACAUCACAUCUGACAUUGUGUUUAAGGGGGUAGUUUUCAAUGAAAUGAAGGGUUAUACCAACAAUACAGGAUACAUAUUUGGGCAGAGUGUACUCAACGGACUACUUCCUAGUCAUACAUAUGGUAGUUGUAGUGGGGGAGAUCCGCUAGCAAUUCCCAGUCUCUCACAUGAUCAGCUAGUGAACUUCCACAGCUCACACUACCAUCCCAGCAAUGCUACUUUCUAUACUUAUGGCGAUCUGCCCCUCGAAAAACACUUAGAAAAAAUUGGGGAAGUGGUCAGUAAGUUUGAGCCAAUUUCUCCCAACACCCUUGUUCCAUCUGAGCAGAGCUGGUCUGAUCCCAGAGAGAUAACUGUGAGAGGACCCCACGACCCUAGUGUGUCUGAUAAUGAGAAUAAUCUAACUGUUGCUGUAAGUUACAAGUUGCCUACUCUCAAUGAUAGGUAUAACAAUACUGCUUUGUCAGUUGUGACAGAUGUGCUAACUUCAGGAACGCAGAGCAAGUUUUACGAAGCUCUGAUAAUCUCAGGACUAGGGAGUGAUUUUGCUCCAGGAACUGGUCUUCACUCCUACACUAAAGACAGCUACUUUACAAUAGGUGUGAAGGGAGUGGCUAAAGAUCAGGUGGAAAAGGUGUUGCAAGCCAUUGAAGAGGUAUGGAAUGAGGUCGUUGAGGAGGGGUGUGAUGAGGUACAAGUUGCUGCCAUCCUCCAUCAGAUAGAAAUCUCCAAGAAACAUCAGACGACCUCAUUUGGACUGAAUCUGGGUGUUGGAGUGCUAGCGGCCUGGUUACACGGUGCAAAACCUGCUGAUUACAUCCAGCUGAACACUCAUCUCGAUCGGUUCAAAGAGCUGGAGAGUUGUGGGAAUCACAUAAAGGAUCUUGUAAAGGAGCAUUUUGUGGACAACCAGCACAAACUAACCGUUACAUUAGUUCCAGAUGAAGAGUAUGGGAAAAAGCUAGGAGAAAGAGAAGAGGAGAUGUUAAGAGAGAAAACAUCUCAACUUAGCCAAACAGACAAGGAGGAGCUACAGAAACAGGCAUCAGAACUGAAAUCUGCUCAGGAUACUGUGCAGGAUAUGUCAUGUUUACCAUGUAUCCAGCUGGGUGACGUACCACUUACAUCCCUACACUACCCGGUACACAGUACCAGUAUUGAGGGGGUACCUGUUCAGAUAUACACAGGACCUACCAAUGGUAUUUCAUACUUCAGAUGUCUCAUUUCAGAUUGUGAUCUGGCUGAUGAACAGGAAUCAGUGCUACCUUUGUACAGUAGUAUUUUGAGUGAGGUGGGUGCCGGUGGGAGGACUUAUCAGGAUUGUGACUUACAGAAAAUGCUGAGGACAGGAAAAUUCUCAUGUUCAACCCACACUGCUGCGGACAAAGAUCAAAUAGAUAAAUACAAGUUGGGGACUCUACUGAGUUCAUUUUGCUUGAAUGAUAACCUCCCUUACAUGUACUCUCUGUGGCAGGAGUUGCUGUCUAAGCCACACUUCAACGAAACAGACAGGAUCAAAGCUCUUCUGGAUGCUGACGUAGCAGGACAAAAGGACCACAUAACUGGUUCAGGUCACCAGUUUGCUCUCACAAGAUCACGCUCACACAUAUCACCUCUGGGAGAGCUCAGUGAGCAGAUGGGUGGCUUCAAACAGGCCCAAACAGUACAGCAGUUCCACUCAGGUGACAUACAGAAGCUUGUAAGUGAGGUGGCGGGUACACACGUGUCACACCAAGACAGGUCACUGUUCAGCAUGGCCCUCAAUACUACUCCAGAUAAAGUGGAUGAGAACUUGGAGGCUCUCUCUCAGCUGCUGAGAGGAGUUCCUGAUAUUAAAUCCGGCAAGGACUACGGUAUAAUUUCUAGAGAUAUUGUUUCAGUGGACAGUGUGAACGAGUUUAUUGAGAUCAGUAACUUGGGAGUGAACUUCUGCGCCAGGUCGUACCGGGCAGUACCGGCCGCUCACCCGGACUCUCCUACACUAACCCUCCUCGGUUCUUUACUCUCCUCCAAGUUCCUUCACCGAGAGAUCAGAGAGAAGGGCGGAGCGUAUGGCAGCGGUGCUAUGAUGCAACAGCAAGCCUUCUCUUUCUUCUCCUAUAGAGAUCCAAAUAACUUAUCCACUUUAUCUGUAUUCGAUCAAGCUAUCACGUGGGCCACUCAGGGAUCUUUCAGUGACGAGCAGCUUCAAGAAGCUAAGAUAUCAGUGAUAGGGAAACUAGACGCUCCUAUAGCCCCAGGAUCUAGAGGUCUUUCUGAAUUCUCUGGUGGUUUAAACUUUGAUCAGAGACAGGCUUUUAGGACGGGUAUAUUAAAUGCGUCCCGGUCUGACUUGCAGCAAGUUGCUGGUCUGUAUUUAUCAGGGGAUAGUCCCCAUGGUAAUGUGGUAGUUGGUGCUGAAACUGAGACUGCUAAAUUCAGAGAUUUGGGGUAUCGUAUUGAUACUUUUGGCCAAAACAACUGAGCACAAGAUUUCAAUAAUGCUGUUUUCUAUUAGAAUUGCCGUGACCUGCUUAUUUUUGAUUGAUAACUUUUUAUUGC